UCCUCAUUAGUCACUACAGCUGCACCAAACACACACUGAGGCUGGAGUCGGUUCAACUCACUGCGCUAUGGAACAAGACACCUUCAUUUUCUCAAUGACACGAGCAGGACGACAACGUAUGAACUUUAUUAACAUCUCGUUGUGUGAUAUUAUGACAAGAGAGUAACUGAACAAACAGGAGAAGGACUUAAACAGUCUCAGAGAACCGCCAGAGAACGCACGAGAGGUUUCCACGCUCUUCAGUUGUACUGGCUCAAAGGAUGUUCAUCUUCACGCUCUGCCUGUUCUUAUGGUCCUGGCUGUCAUCCAUUCACGGUCUGGAGUUUCGCUAUCAUAACAGCAGGGAAAUGGAGCAGUACUUGAAAGACAUUAGCAGGAAGUUUCCUGAUAUCACACAUCUACACAGUAUUGGCCAGUCCGUUGAAGGAAGAGAACUCUGGGUAUUAAUACUGGGUCAACAUCCCAGAGAACACACAACGGGCAUCCCGGAAUUCAAAUACGUGGGCAACAUGCACGGAAACGAGGCUGUGGGCCGAGUGUUACUGCUUCAGUUGAUCGAUUAUCUGACCAGUCGUUAUCUGAAUGAUCCGCUGGUGACACAUUUGUUGAACAGCAGUCGUGUGCACAUCCUGCCGUCCAUGAACCCGGACGGCUUUGAGUCCUCUGCCCGGGAAUGCACGUAUACAAUAGGCCGGUAUAAUAAGAACGGAGUGGACCUGAAUCGCAAUUUUCCGGAUGUGUUUGAGAGUAAUACAGAUCAGCAAAGGGAGAAGGAGGUCAGGGCUGUGAUGGACUGGCUGAAGAAGGAAAGUUUUGUCCUCUCGGCCAAUCUCCACGGAGGAGCAGUGGUGGCCAGCUAUCCCUACGACAACAGCAAUGGAGGAAGCGAGCUGCAAGGAGGCCUCAGCAUCUCCCCCGACGACGACGUGUUUGUCCACCUGGCAAAGACCUACUCUUACAGCCACAGUGAGAUGCACAACGGAAACAGCUGUUACGACUCGCAGGGCUUCACCCACGGCAUCACUAACGGAUAUUACUGGUAUCCUCUACCAGGGGGAAUGCAAGACUAUAACUAUGUGUGGGCGCAAUGUUUAGAGCUCACACUGGAAAUUUCUUGCUGCAAGUAUCCUCCAGAGGCACACCUUCCCGACCUAUGGGCGGCCAACAAACCCGCACUACUGGCUUACAUGCAGCAAGUACACCUAGGGGUGAAAGGAGUAGUGAUGGACUCAUACGGGAAGCCUGUCCAAAACGCCUUAGUGGAGGUAGAGGGGAGAAGAAACCUUUGUCCCUUCAGGACGGAUCGUAAUGGGGAAUACUACAGACUGCUGCUGCCCGGAAACUACACCAUCAAAGUAAGAUCAGGUCACAUACCCGGACACAAGACUCUCACCCAGACAGUUCAAGUGCCAUAUGGUCCAGACACAUUCUCUGCACUCACACACAACUUCCUCCUGCAAAACAGUGACUACAGCUCAACAGCAACGCAACUACCCCAGUCCUGCACCACCUUGAAUCUGGGAAUCCAGGAGAGCGACAGUGCCACCCUGCUGCCCAGUGUGUUCACUACGCUUACCUUAUUCCUCCUCCAAAGACUGCUGAUGCUGUCCUGAGGGAGCAAAGACUCUUAAACAUUAAGGACAAACUUAUUUUUGCUUUUAUUGCACAUUUUCCUACCUUUUGUACAAAAUCGUGACAACAUAUCUACAAUUAUCAAAACUGUCAACACCCAUGGAGCAUGUCAACAAUAUCCGCAACCCACUGUAGUCAUUAUUUCACUUUUUAGUGCCAAGUUACAAAUCCUUGACCAAAAACAUCAACUGCUUUACUUUUUCAAACUAGCCUUGUUUAACUUAAUGCCGUCUCUUUUGAAAUAUGCUUUUCAAUAGUAGAAGAUACUAUUAUACUGAUGAAUGAAGAGUACACAAGUUGAAGCCUGUGUAUGAACAAAUAUACAAAAUGUCCUUGGCGGACAACAUUUCUAGUCUUGACUGUAGCAGUUUGGAGUUAGCGUUUAAAGAUUUGCAGAUACUGUGUCAAGCUCAUUACCUUAACCUCAUUUCUACAUUGACAGUCUCAUUGCAGCUGUGUAACAUGUGACAAAAAAGCCAAAUGAAACCCAGUGCUCUUUCUACCUCACACGGUCUCACAUUAAAGACUGACAGUGCCUUCAAUAAACAUGUCAAACGCAGGAUCUGCUGUCUCCUUUUUC